AGUUCGUCGCAUCCGCUUCUCACACACACGCGCGAGAAGUCUUGUUUUCACGAGGAAAGACCCAAAAACUCUCUCUGAUUUCUUCCCAUGUGGCCGAGGACGACUUUGUAACCUUUUUGCCGAAGGGAUCGAUAGAGACUCUUGCGUGAGGAUUUUCAAUUUGUGUUCGGAAAUAAUAAUCCAUGGCAGCGCCACCAGCACGGGCUCGUGCAGAUUACGAUUACCUCAUUAAGCUUCUUCUUAUAGGCGACAGUGGUGUGGGGAAGAGUUGUCUGCUUUUGCGGUUUUCUGAUGGUUCCUUCACCACCAGUUUUAUCACAACUAUUGGGAUUGAUUUUAAAAUAAGAACCAUUGAACUUGAUGGCAAACGCAUUAAGUUGCAAAUCUGGGACACAGCUGGUCAGGAGCGAUUUCGAACGAUCACCACAGCUUAUUACCGUGGUGCCAUGGGCAUCUUGCUGGUCUAUGAUGUUACUGAUGAAGCAUCUUUUAAUAAUAUUAGAAAUUGGAUUCGCAACAUUGAACAGCAUGCAUCUGACAAUGUAAACAAGAUACUUGUGGGCAACAAGGCUGAUAUGGAUGAGAGUAAAAGGGUUGUGCCUACAUCGAAAGGUCAAGCUCUUGCUGAUGAGUAUGGCAUCAAGUUCUUUGAAACUAGUGCAAAGACAAACAUGAAUGUGGAAGAGGUUUUCUUUUCAAUAGCAAGAGACAUCAAGCAAAGGCUUGCAGAAACAGACUGUAGAGUUGAGCCUCAAACAAUCAAGAUAAAUCAACCAGAUGCGGCUGCCAGUGGUGAUCAAGCUGCCCAGAAAUCAGCCUGCUGCGGUAAUUAGCUGAUGUAAUUGAUGACGCAGGAAAUUGGCACGUGUAGUUGUUUCUCUGUAAUUCCAGUAUUUUUUGACGGAGUAUUUUAAAAAAUUGUUUGCUUUUAGUUUGUGGAAUUUGUUGUUGCUGGUUUAUGUGCUUCCCCUUCUCAUUGUAAUCUCAGUCGAAAAGAUAUUUUGAUUCACAAGAUUUGGGUAGAAUAUCAUCGGGAAUCUCCACGUCUGGCAAGAUUAAAUGUCCUUUGAUACAUGAGAAUUGGGUUAAAAAAAAUGGAAAUAGAAUUGGAAUCCAAGUUACGAUGUGUUUGGUA